UCUUGCUUACCGCAUGCGCUACGUCUGGCAACUCUAUAGUAAUAACAAAACAAAUGCACGUGCGUUAAAUUUUGUUUAGUUUAAAUAAUAAAUAAUUAUGGACACGUAUGACAUAUUUAAACAAUUAACAGCUGGUGUACGAUUUACCAAAAAGCGUGCGGCUCCGCCAUCCAAGCCGAACACCGUAAACGUUGCGAAGGAGACACCGCAGCUAAAACCAGUCAAUAAAACAGUUGAAGAUUCAGACUCUGGAGAAGAUUGUUCAGCAGCUGAUGACUUUCGCUUGCUUGCUGACAGUGGCACUGGCUCAGCAGCAGCAGAUGUACCCAAGCGUAAGAAAGCCAAAAAACAAUUGUCAACAGAGCAGGCAGAGCAACAACAACGCGCCGAAGAGGUUAGCGCUCUACGCAAGCAGAACUUAAUAACCGUGCUGGGCAAGGAUGUGCCAGCGCCUAUAAGGUUAUUUGAUGACUUGAGCACAGGGGAGUACAAAUUACUGCCACGCCUACAGGAAAAUCUAUUAUCUUAUGGAUUCGCACAGCCCACACCUAUUCAAAUGCAAGCGCUGCCAGUUCUGCUGAAAGAUAGGGCGCUGAUGGCCUGUGCUCCAACCGGGUCAGGUAAAACAUUGGCUUUUCUCACGCCCAUCAUAAACGGCCUACGUACUCAUAAAACAACUGGUUUACGCGCGCUGGUGCUGGCGCCCACACGAGAGCUGGCACAACAAAUCUAUAGGGAAUGCGGAGAGUUGACUAGAGGAACGGGUCUACGGACUCACUUUAUCAGCAAGGUGAGCGAGGCGCGGCAGCAACAUGGACCUGAAUGCAAGCAGAAGUAUGACAUAUUGAUAUCCACGCCAAAUCGUGUGCGUUUCCUGCUGCAGCAGCAGCCACCGCUGCUAGACUUUAAAACAAUCGAAUGGCUUGUGCUGGACGAGGCGGAUCGUCUCAUGGAGGAGGGUCAGAACAACUUUAAGGAGCAGCUGGAUGAUAUCUACGGGGCUUGCACGCAUCCACAAAAGCGUGUUGCCUUUUUCAGCGCCACUUACACGGUGCCAGUGGCCAAGUGGGCAUUGCGGCAUCUCAAGAAUCUGGUGCGUAUCACAAUUGGCGUACAGAACAGCGCCACGGAUACAGUGAAACAAGAAUUGCUUUUCGUGGGCUCGGAGAGCGGUAAACUUUUAGCUGUGCGUGAAAUGGUUCGCCAGGGAUUGCAGCCACCUGUCCUGGUCUUUGUACAGAGCAAGGAUCGAGCCAAACAACUCUUCGAGGAGCUGCUCUACGAUGGCAUCAAUGUGGAUGUCAUUCACGCCGAGCGAACGCAGCAUCAACGCGAUAAUUGCGUGCGCGCCUUUCGUGAGGGUCACAUCUGGGUGCUUAUAUGUACGGAGUUAAUGGGGCGUGGCAUAGAUUUUAAGGGCGUCAACCUGGUCAUCAAUUAUGAUUUUCCGCCCAGCAAAAUUUCCUACAUUCAUCGCAUUGGACGCACAGGUCGCGCAGGUCGUCCAGGACGUGCCGUUACCUUCUUUACGCAAGAUGAUACGGCCAAUUUGAGAAGCAUUGCCCAGAUCAUCAAGAACUCGGGCGGUGAGGUACCGGAGUACAUGCUGCAAAUGAAAAAGGUUCGCAAAUCAGAGGCGAAAAUGCGCUCCAAGAAGCCGCUGGAUCGUGAAGAUAUAACAACCAAAAUACGCGCCGAAACACCUAAAAACUUUGUCAAGCUACAGAAAAUCGAAAAAGCUGAAAAAGUGCUCAAACAACGAAACAAAACUAACAAAACAGAGAAGAGCUCAAUAAAUAAAAGCAAAAAGCUGGCGAAGGUGAAAGAUCAAAUAAAAGGUCAAGCAGGCUCAGCAAAUGGCAAAGUGAAAAAGCAGAAGAUUUCCAAAUGAUCUACUAAUUUCAAUGAAUUAUUAAUUAUAAAUAAGUUAACUAAUAUUGUUUCAUUAAAUAUG